AUGCGCACCGACACCCCGUCGGUACUGCAGAGGAUGGUCUGGACACCAGUAUCAAUUGCCGAUGAUAUUGAUAUCGAUAUUGGACUUUUGAAUCUCCGGCGACAUUUGCCGGAGAUUUCUCUUGUGGAAAUGGAAGACUACUUGCAGAUUUUCGUAGACGAAACCAACUUCUUAAACCGCAUUGUACUUGGAAGCUUUCUGCCUGAUAAUCUUUGGAAGCCUCUUCCUCACUUUGUCCAGACUUGGAUUCGGAAUUACAUUGGCGGAACCUUAGUUUACUUUGUCUCUGGGUUUCUCUGGUGUUUCUACAUUUACUACUGGAAGCGAAACGUAUAUAUCCCAAAAGAUGCCAUACCUUCAAGAAAUGCCAUGCUACUGCAAAUAAUUGUUGCAAUGAAGGCCAUGCCAUGGUAUUCUGCUCUUCCAACAGUUUCUGAGUACAUGGUUGAAAAUGGCUGGACAAGGUGUUUUCCUAGAAUAAGUGACAUAGGUUGGCUGGCCUACCUUGUCUACUUGGUGGUUUAUUUUGCAUUUGUUGAGUUUGGGAUCUAUUGGAUGCACAGAGAGUUGCAUGAUAUUAAACCUUUGUACAAAUAUCUUCAUGCAACACAUCACAUCUACAACAAGCAGAACACGCUUUCUCCUUUUGCUGGUUUGGCAUUUCAUCCACUGGACGGGAUAUUACAGGCAGUACCACAUGUGAUAGCACUCUUCUUGAUUCCAACCCAUUUCAUUACUCACAUUGUUCUCUUAUUUCUUGAAGCUAUAUGGACAACAAACAUUCAUGACUGCAUCCAUGGCAAAGCAUGGUCUGUCAUGGGGGCUGGUUACCACACAAUUCACCAUACUACUUACCGACAUAACUAUGGCCACUACACAAUAUGGAUGGAUUGGAUGUUCGGUACUCUUCGUGACCCAAUACCAGACUCAUCAAAGAAGGUCAUGUAAUAAACUAUACUACCAUGGAGUUCUCUUUUUGCCUCUCUUUCUCUCUC